AAAUGCAUCUUUCUACAGUGAUGACAGUGAUGAAGAAGUGUUGAAGAUUAUUAAAAAUUAUGUUAUGAAGCAGUCCAAAAAUAUUCCAUUUGUGAUGCCCGAACAUCUUGUGGGUCUUGAUAAAAUCUUACAAGACUUUGAAAGAAGUGUAUUGCAAUCUUCUAAAAAUGUAAAAAUUGUGGGGAUUACAGGUAUGAGUGGGUGUGGAAAAAGCACAUUGGCAAAACAAUACUACAACAAGAUGAUAAAGUCCUCCUACAGGUGUAGUUUUCUUUUUGAUGUUUCAACUAAAACUUUGUGUGAAAUGCAAAAAAAAAUGUUUCAAGAUCUUGGUGGUUCAGAAGAUGUAUCAUUUGAUAGUGUAGAAGAAGGAAAAGCAAUCUUAAGAGAGUAUUUGAGUUUUGUUCAGGUAUUUAUUAUCUUGGAUAAUGUAGAUCAUCUAGAUCAAUUAGAAUCUCUCUUACCAAUAAAAGAUAAUCUUGGGCAUGGCAGUGUGGUUGUGGUUAUAAGUCAAAAUUCGCACAUUUUUACAUUAUGGGGAAUUCCUUCUGAUUCUAUUUUCAAGAUGAAGGAGUUUAAUUCUGGACAUUCUAUGGAACUAUUUUGCUGGCAUUCUUUCGGAAAACCCUCUCCAGAAGAUGGAUUUGAAUGUCUUGUUAGUGGUUUUUUAAAAUUCUGCCAUGGAUUGCCAUUAGCCGUCAAGGUAUUAGGAGGACUUGUGCAUGGAAAGUCGAAGGCUUGUUGGGCUUCGCAAUUGGAUAAGGUCUCGAAAUCAUUGCCCAAAGGCAUUAGAAGCUUGCUACAAGUGAGCUUUGAUGCACUAGAUGAGGAAGAAGAGAAGGAGAUAUUUUUAGAUAUAUCUUGUUUCUUCGUAGGAAGAGAAAAGGAUUCAGCCAUCGCAGUGUGGGAUGAGUCCAAAUGGAGUGGGGAGUGUAGUUUGCAAACACUCGUGGAUAAGUUUUUGGUUGAGAUAGAUGAGUAUAACUGCUUGAGAAUGCAUGAUCUGCUGAGAGAUUUGGGAAGGGACAUCUCAAAGACAAAGUCACCGUACCGCGUUUGGUCAUCGGAGCAAAUUACCCAUAUUGAGGAAAAGGGGGAGGGAAGCGUGCAGAUUCGGGGAAUUAAAAUUCGAACGGAAGAGGUUUAUGAAGACUUUGUGGAGCUUGUUCAAGGAUCAGGUAGAGGGUUGAAGCGAAAACGGGGUUUAAAAAUCGUGGAUGUUGAAAACAAUUAUCUUACAGAAGAAUUAGCACCAGUAUCAGAAGGCCUUGUAUCGCUGCGAUGGGCCAAGUUUCCGCAUACAGCUAUUCCGGCAUGGAUUUCGUUGAAGAAGUUGAGAGUUUUAGAGCUUUGCGAGGCUUCUAAUUUAGAAGAACCGUGGAGGGAGAGUGCCAACCCUCCUGUGCAGUUGGAAGUGCUGAGAAUCAUUCAUGCCGGAAGUUUCCUGAGAUUUCCAAGGUCAAUAGGAUUUCUAAAGCAUUUAAAAAAGAUAUAUUUUGAUGGCCAAGGAGCUCCUAUUGAAGGUUUACCAGAUGAGUUUUGCUGUCUCCAAUCGCUGGAGCGCCUGGAGUUAGUUGGAUGUGAUGAGCUAAAAUCAUUGCCUAGCAAGUUCGGUGAUCUGACAAAUCUGCAGCAUCUAAUUUUGAAAAGAUGCGGUGGGAUCGAAGGUUUACCAGAAGAUUUUGCCUGCCUCCAAUCACUGAAGGAGUUAGUGUUAAGUGAUUGUCAUAAGCUAAAAGCGUUGCCUAGCAAGUUCAGCAAUCUCACAAAUCUGUGGGUGACCUUCUGCUCAGGGCUCAGGAAAAUAGAAGGAUUAGAAAAUUGCACUUCAUUAGAGGUGCUGAUUUUAGAUACCCGUGCGAAAGUGCCGGUGAUCGAAAAUAUAAAUAUGAUGGAUAUGGAGAGUUUGAGGUGGGUAAGCAUCAUUCCAGAAUGUCACCGGCUAUCAGCAUUUGGAGCUUGCCUUCAAACAAUAAAUAGAGAGAAAUGGCCAUCCAGAUUAACGAUUUGUGUAAAGAGUGUGGCUGGCGUGGAGGCGAUUGUGAAGUCUAUUUCAUCUCCUGCUCUCACUUUGGUUGACUCGUUCCACCGGCGGAAGAGGUGAUUCGCUCGACGAUAAUUAUUGGCGGUAUGUCUUUUUGACAGAGCGUCCUGCCAACGCGGCAGCGAUGAUAUGCCUUGUUAUAGAUUCCGAUAAUGUCAACUUUUUUAAGAUAGAUCCCAAUUAUGUUAGUGGAGGCUUUUGGCGAGAACCAGAAUAUGGUGAAAUGUAUAUGGGGUUUGGAAAAAGGGUAUGCAUAGGUGUCUUCACUGCAUCUUCACUCGUGGGAAGCGAAGUCUCUUUCUCACUAGGUUGGAAAAAGGGCCAUGCGGAAGAAGAAUCGGUAGAGAUGGGAAUAUUAGUGAUGGGCGAGGAAAGUGAAGUUGUGGAUGCUUUUUAUCAAUUAGUACAAGAUUUGGGAAAAGCACAAGAUAUUUGUGAGUCUGAAGAUAUUUCUGAAGAUAUUUCUGAGUCUGAAGAUAAGUCUGAAGAUAUUUGUGAGUUUGAAGAUAUUUCUGAAGAUAUUUGAGUCUGAAGAUAUUUGUGUUUCUGUGUGGAAGUAGAGAUGGGAAUAUUAGUGAUGGGCGAGGAAAGUGAAGUUGUGGAUGCUUUUUAUCAAUUAGUACAAGAUUUGGGAAAAGCACAAGAUAUUUGUGAGUCUGAAGAUAUUUCUGAAGAUAUUUCUGAGUCUGAAGAUAAGUCUGAAGAUAUUUGUGAGUCUGAAGAUAUUUCUGAAGAUAUUUGAGUCUGAAGAUAUUUGUGUUUCUGUGUGGAAGUAGAGAUGGGAAUAUUAGUGAUGGGCGAGGAAAGUGAAGUUGUGGAUGCUUUUUAUCAAUUAGUACAAGAUUUGGGAAAAGCACAAGAUAUUUGUGAGGCUCGAUGAAUUUGUAAAUCUGAAUAAUUAUAAUUUAAGGAUAGAUGAUGGAAAAUUAGGUUGUAAAUAUUAUAAAUUUUAUUGUGUAAUAUUUGUAAUUAAAUUGUUUUUAAUUGAAGAAUAUUUAUGUUA